AUGUCGUUGAGUAACGUCGCCCGGAAGCUGCUGCUGUCCCGUUCGCGGAUCUUCGGCUCCGGUCUCGCUCCGCCGCCGCCGCAACAGCAGUCUCGCCGGUCCGUCGGCGCGUACGAGAACGACGGCAAGACGUACGUGUCCAUGUUGAACAACAACAACAUAAGGGACGGCAUCAUGAUUUCCGCUUAUAGCCAGUACGGCUUCCGGUUGAACAACGGGUUCGUGGUGCUCUGGCCGGUCGUGUGCUUCGCCAACUCGAUAAUGGCCUGGCGGGUGAACGAUGACCGGGACGUGGGCGUCGACUCGCUGUCGAUGCUGUUCCACCUGGAACCCGCGCCCGCCGUCAUCGUGCUGGGCCUGGGCGAAGGGGCCGCAGCGGAAAUGCCUCGACGGCAAUCACCGCCAGCUGUACCUGAACCGGCGACAGUUGAAUAA